GUGAAGAUGUUUCUUCUAGCACCUGCCUGGGUACUGCCUACUUGUUUCGCGUUUGCGCUAAAAAAACCUGGUUUCGCUCCCCCGCUAGCGAGUCUCCACCGCAUUUGCGGAGGGCGUGUCACGCGGAAUUCACAACGGAACGGCAACGUAAAAACAGAACGGAACGAUAGUGAACGGCAAACAGAAAGAAACGGAACGAAAUUAGAAACGUUUUUUGACUCCUACUGUACAUGCUGUGACGUAAUGACUUAACAAAUCUUGAUAACGUCUGAAGCCGUUGCCACUGUUAGUUUUCCCUAGAGAAAGACGUAUCUUGCUGCAACCAGGAAAGAAAGCAACUGUCUGAGUUUUGUGGUAUGGUCGAGUAAAAUACACCUAUGUAAUUGUUGCAGAGCUGUUGCUGCCUUCCACCGUGCACUUAGCCGUCAAAAUGGCCGUUUUUGGUGGGUUCUUCGUUGGACGUGAAGGUGGCAGCUAUAUACAAACAAGCCUUUGGUAAAAUUGUAGCCACAACAGUUCAAAAGCUACACGGCCGUAGUUGCAUUAAGGUGCAUACUGCGCCACUGCCAUGGCUUGCACAUUACAAGUUUCUUGUGCUUUAGCUUAAAGCAACAGUAUCACUUUUGUACCAUAUUGUGUUCUUCUCUUGAGGUCUGUAAGAGCAGCAGGUGUAACAUUGCUUACCCAGAUUUUGUGCCAUUCUCCGUCAUUCCUCUUUCUCUUAUGCUUCUACCCUCCUAUAUAUAAAGGUGUGAUCUGUUCACUGUACGUACAGUACUGACAGAGGGAAAGGGUUGUUGUUGGUGCUUUAGGUGUAGUUUUGCACAUGCAUCUCUACUGUGCAGACCGCAUGCACACGCGUGAUUGUAUUCACUUCUGGGUGCGAGGAUUGACACAGAUAUUGCCCCCAUUGCCAAUCCUGGUUACUUAGUCUACUAAAUCUGUGGUUCUGCCACUUUACUGAUUUCAUCAUUGCGUCACAUAGGGAGGCAGAGAAGACCAAGCUGCUGAUAUCUCAGCAGAAGCAGAAAGUUGUAGAGAAAGAGGCAGAGACAGAGCGCAAGAAAGCCAUAAUUGGUUAUUUUUUCCGAAGUGUGAGGAUGUAUGAUCUGCAUCAAAGCACUGCUGGGAGAUUUUAAAGUCUAUUUGACUUCACCUGAGACCUCGAAAAAUUUUCAUAACUUUUUAUAUCCAAUUGUGAAAGCGCUAACACCAUUGGAAUCCUUUAUGCUUCUGAAGGUAUCCUUCACUAACCGUAUAACCCAAAGUUAGCUGUAUGUCCCAUAAGAAAAGUAUGCCACAAGUAAGGUAUGUUAUCCUUGUAUAAACAGUGUACACAACAACUUCAGAGGCUCAGGUGAAUGCAAUAGAUUUUAGUGAUGUACUUAGGUAUUCAUGGCAAAAAGACUCAUGGUGUCCGCUGCUAUUAACUCCUGCAGAGGCAGAGAAGGUGGCAGAGGUGGCAGAGAUCCAGUACAAUCAAAGAAUCAUGGAGAAAAAGAAGCAAAAGGAAAUUUCACAGAUUGAGAAUGAGGCCCACACGGCUAAGGUUCUUGCUGAGGCAGAUGCUGAGUACUACCUUGCUCAGAAAACAGCUGAAGCUAACAAGCUGAAACACACGCCCGAGUUCAUAGAGCUGGCUCGCUACCAAGCCUUGACCACCAACACAAAGCUCUACUUUGGUCCAAGUCUGCCUUCCUUUUUCGUGCAGGGUAGGGAGGAGGGGCUGUUGUUGCCACGGCAGCAGACUUCACCCGUGGAGGAACAAACAAAUCUAUAAUGACUCUAUAGCUGCAUUAAAAAAUAUUCCUGGCCUAUGUGAUGUGUGCUGGGAAAGGUCAAUGGACAAAAUUUUAUAAUAGAGCCACAAAAGCACAUUAACCAAACCCACUAUUGAUUUUUGUUUUACGCACACUAAUUCUCUUGUCUUACUGAAUUUCAGACUUCUCUUCGUUUAAUAGUUGGCAGUGAAUGGCAGUGGCU